AUGGAUGCAAAUGAAUUGACUCCUGAGAAAAAUAUGGAAUUCAACAAUGAAGAAGGUAAUGCAAAUGAUGUUAUUGAAGCUCGUCCCAUCUCUUUUAAAAAUCCGGAUAGCAAUACUAUAUAUACCAUAGAAAACGAGAAGUACUACUAUCACCUAAAAUCAGAUGAGAUGUGCAGAUCACUUGUUGAGGUGCAUGAUUUUAUCAAGGACGGUAUUCCAAUACGUUCAUUGAAGAAAAUGAAAAAGAAACAAGAUGAGUCUCCGUCUAAGAAGAAAAGAGGAUCGUCAUUACUAAAGAAAACCGUUGUUGGCACUUACAACUUUCAAACCAAGAUGAUUUAUCAACUAGAAGCACCAGCUGUGAUUGAAGAGAAUCCACAACCACCCCUUGAUAACCUUGUCCACCCUGAAACACUAAAAGCGGUUGAGGAGUAUGCACAACAAUCACUUGAUAACCUUAUUGACCCUACGGUAGAGGAGCAUCUACAACCAUCAAUGGAUAAUCUUGUCGACUGUGUGAAGGAGGAUGUCUUGCUAUUUAUGAGGGACUUUCAUCAAAAUGCCAAGUUGGUUAGAGGGUUAAACAGUUCCUUCAUAGCUUUAAUCCCAAAAAAUGAGAACCCAGCAAGCCUAAAUGAAUAUAGGCCCAUCAGCUUAGUGGGUUCCAUGUACAAGAUUUUGGCCAAGGUACUAUCAAACAGGUUGAAACAGGUACUGCCUAGGAUCAUAAGUGAAACUCAAUCGGCUUUUUUGAGGGGCAGAAACAUUUUAGAUGGCAUACUUAUUGCUAAUGAGAUAGUAGAUGGGUGGAAGAAGGCUAGAGGAUGUGGAGUUGUGCUUAAACUGGAUUUUCAUAAAGCUUAUGAUUCUGUCAAUUGGGAAUUUUUGUUCUCUAUGUUAGUUAAAUUUGGUUUUGGAACUAAAUGGGUGAGUUGGAUGAAGGUAUGUGUUACUUCUAUAAGAUCUUCAGUGUUGGUUAAUGGGUCUCCAACUCCUGAAUUUAGUCCACAGAAGGGACUUCGUCCGGGAGACCCACUGUCACCUUUUCUGUUCAUUAUUGUGGCUGAGGCACUUAAUAUCUUAAUGGGUAGAGCAAAAGAUUUGGGACUGAUUACAGGGGCAUCUAUUGGGCCUAGUAGUCUGCGGAUUACGCAUCUACAAUUUGCGGAUGAUACCAUUUUGUUCUGUGAAGCUGAUUGGGGGGAAAUAGUAAAUAUAAAACGAAUUCUCAGGUGCUUUGAAGUCUUGUCAGGACUUAGAAUUAAUUUUAACAAAAGUGUGGUUUGUGGGGUGGGGAUUCCAAAUGAGCUGGGCCAGGAUUUUGCAAGAAGGUUGAAUUGUAAAUUUCAAAAAUUGCCCAUCAAAUACUUGGGGUUGCCAUUAGGGGCCAGCCCAAGUAGUAGCAGAACUUGGCUGCCAGUGAUUGAGAAAUGUAAGCAAAGACUUGCUUCUUGGAAGAGAAGAUAUCUAUCCUUCGCCGGUCGGCUGACCUUGAUUAAGUCUGUCCUUGCUAGCCUACCUAUUUUUUAUCUCUCAAUAUUUAAGAUGCCUGAGAUGGUAGCAAAAAAGAUGGAAAGUAUUCAAUCUGCUUUUCUUUGGGGUGGCUCAGAUUUGAGGAGGAAAGUGCACUUGGUGAAAUGGGAGGAUGUUUCUAAAAGUAAAAACUUAGGAGGGUUGGGUGUUAAGAGAAUUAGAAUUAUGAAUGUAUGCCUUUUACUGAAGUGGUGGUGGAGAUUUGGUGCUGAAGAGAACUCUCUUUGGAAGGAUGUUAUAUGUGGAAAGUACAGGGAGACAGGUUGGGCAUGGUAUCCCUCCACUGAGAGGACUAGUAGGUUGUCUAAAACUUGGGCUGAUAUUAUUUACACUGUGGCCUCUAGGGCAGAUCUGAUGCAAUUUUUUAGGAGUAAUGCUGUGGUCAAGCUUGGGGAUGGUAGAAGAAUUAGAUUUUGGUCUGAUUGUUGGACAGAGGGUGUAUGUCUUAGAGAUGAGUUUCCUAGACUAUAUUCUCUAUCAGUUGAUAAAGAAGAGUCGGUAUUCAUGUUUCACAGCAAUAGAGAUGUAUAUGGGAAUUGGGUGUUUAAUUUUAGGAGGCCACUUUUUGCUUGGGAGGAAGCAGAAUUGAGUAGAUUACUAGUACUUCUGAGUAGGCCUCCUUUGCUUAGAGCUAAUGUGGCAGAUUGUUUGACUUGGAAGGCAAAUACAGCUGGUUGUUUUAGUGUCUCAUCUGUUUAUCAGUGGUUUGAAUUGGGCUUUGGGUCUAAUAGUUUGAUCUCUAGAGUUUUGUGGAAGGCUCCUGCUCCACCAAGGGCACAAUUCUUUGGUUGGUUGGUGUGGAAGGGUAGAAUCAAGUCUGCUAGUUAUUUGCGCAGAAUUGGUAUCCUAAAUGACAAUGUUGAUGUUUGUUGUGUUUUUUGCAAAGAAGAGGAGGAAACUAUUAACCAUGUGUUACUUCACUGCCAUCGUGUGUGGCUGAUCUGGUCUUAUUUUGUCAGAAGGUGGGGGUGGCAAUGGGCUUCACCAGGUUCUGUUCAGAGUGUUAUUCAGUGGUGGACGGGUUGUAGCAUGAGGAAAAUGGAAAAGAAGCUAUGGAGUGUAAUUCCAUAUGCUAUUUUCUGGUCCAUAUGGAAACAGAGGAAUGACUCUGUGUUCAAUCGGGUGGAGCCUAAUUUUCUAGCUUUGUGUGAAUCUAUUGAGGUUCGAAUUGCUUUGUGGAUUAAGUCCUAUGUCCCAGCUCUGAACUUCACUGUCAAUGACCUACUUUGGUGGGGUAAAGCAGAGGAGGUUUCAAUUGCCGGUGUGAUGAAAUGGCUGAAGGCAAUUGGUUCAUGGGCUGUUUUGAUUGGGGGGCUCAUCAGUUUCAAUGUUCUGAGGAGGAAGUUUCAAAAUUGGUCUGCUGUUGAAAAUGAAGAGAAUGAGAUGGAGGAAAAUCCAAUGGCAGAAGGAGAAACAAUCAUUAGGCAAGUUAACAAAUCUAAAGAUGCUACUUCUUCAGCUCCUGAUGGCGGUGCAAAUGUUCCAUACAUCAAUUUUGAUUUUCUUUGA